ACAGUUUUCCAAGAGAAGAGCAUGUCUUCAAAUAAGACAGAGUUUUUUACUGCCUGCGUAACUUUUGAUUUUAUGAUACAAUCAGUUGGAAUGGGAAUAUUGAUAGUAUUUGGUUUUACAGGAAAUAUAUUGUCAAUGAUCUGUCUCAACCGAGAUAGGAGUAAAACGGCUACUCCCUUUUUGCUGAUAUCUUUGGAAGUUGCUGAUACGUUCUUCCUAGGAUUUGCAGUAUUGUUACGGGUCGUACCUUCAACAGCAAUUUAUAUUCUUUACCCAGGAGAGGCACCCAGUUCUCUUAAUACUCUUCUAUCAUUCUGUGGAGCAUACGUUUACCCUCUUGCUCUUGUAUCAGAGACAACUACUAUCUAUCUUACUCUACUUGUUACUGUAAAUCGUUAUGUAAGUGUCUGCAAACCGUAUGAAGUGUCUAGGAUUCGAUCAGUAACACAUGCACGGCGGUAUGUAUGUCUUAUUGUUCUCCUCUCAUUCGCCAUCAAUCUGCCUCGAUUUUUUGAAUAUGAUUAUAUUAGUACUGAAAAUUCAACUCGUUCUGCUCGAACGUCAAUGGCUGAUAAUCACGUAUAUAAAAUUGUUUAUGCCAAUAGCAUCUAUUGUUUAGUUAUGUUUCUUGUACCUCUGACGACACUAAUUAUUCUCAACCAUCGUCUGAUUAGGGCUUUGCGAGAAGCCAGACGUAAACGGGCACAACUACUCAAUUCGGAUACAAGCAGAAGUGAAGAUGACAUUACUCUUGUACUCAUUGUUGUUGUUCUUGUUUUUGUCGUUUGCCAAACACCGGCGUUAGCGACACAAAUAUUACACAGCUUCUUAGAAGAUGAACAGAAGGAGUGCCCAAUGCCCUACUAUUUUUACGAACGACUGAGUGACUUUAUGGUAGUUGUUAACAGUUCUCUUAAUUUUACAAUUUAUUGCUUUUGUUCUAAACGAUUUCGACAAAUUCUCAAAAAUCUAAUUUGCAAAGUCAAUUCGGAGAUUCCUAUGACAGAAAUUACUCAACUUGAUACAAAAAUAGACAACGGUACCCAGACAGGUCGAAAGAGUCAGAUGUAGACUGUAAGAGUCUUUCUCACGCUUAUCAAUAUUCAUUUAUGCUCAUUAAACAAUUCCCUUUUUGACCAAAGUUUUGAGGUAAACGCCUAAUGAUCAUCUCCUGUCAAUCCUCAAUCCUUUGAUCCAAAGGAAAGUUUGAAACGUCACAUUAGCAAUGUAUCUAUUCAACGUGUUGUCCGACAACAGUUUAUGCAGAUUUAACAGGAUGAUAUGUGAUAAAUACUGUAAAUUGUGCCGUUUAGUAGUGAUAAACGCGUGUUGUUUGAGAAAAUUGUCUGAGACUUUCAAGUGAAGGCGUUCGUAUAAGAGUCAAUUAUAAAGUAAAGUGCAGAUUUCUUUCCACAGCUGACUACAGCGUUAGUGACAUUUCGCUUAUUCAACAAUUGAUAUUUCCUUAAUCCUACGUGUUCUAUGAUUCGCCAGUUGAAUGUACACCAGUCAUUUAAACAAGUUGUGACACUUUUCGCUCAAUCUAAUCCGCUCUUGCUUUCUUAAUAAACAUCGUUAAGCAUUCGAUUUGAGCUUUUGUUUGUCAAAGCUGGCAAGGUGUUCGCUAAUUUUAAAAAGAAAUGAAAAGAAAGAAAACUAUAGUUUCUAAUGUUUAUUCCUGAAUAUUUUUCAUUAUAAUUAUUAUAUUUUCUAUUUCAAU